GUGCUACAGCUUCGGCAUCGGUCCAAAUGCCUGCAGGAGGCUGGUCCGGGGGCUGGCCGCCGUGUCCAGGGGCAAAGAGGGUGAGAGGCUGCAGCCCAAGAUGCUCAAGUCGCUGAAGAAGGCGAUGGCGCCGGUCCUGAGUGAUGUGUCGGUGGAGUGGAUCUUUCCUGAGAGCACCGAGGUCUUGGUUUCCCCCGUCAACACCAGUUGCCUCUUCCCCGGUGACCGCCUGGUCGGCUACGGCAUCGUCUGUGACACCUCCCCGUACAUCGCCAACCCCAGAUCGGACAAGAGGCGCCGUUACAGCAUGAUGCGCUCCCAGGAGUCGGGCAGCUCUGUUUUCUUUCACUCCCAGGAGGAGGGAGCAGGUUUGGAGAGCUGGAACCACUCCCGAGACUCGGAGGGCGAUCACCUGGUGGUGGGCAGAGAUCCUGAGGGAGAGUCGGACACGGACACCGGGAUGGACGUGAAGUCUUCCUCCCAAAGACGAGCGUACAGCACCACCCAAAUCGCCGACCACGAGCCUUGCAAGAAAAUGCCGACAGCCAGCGAUCCUGGCACCGCCCUGGUGAAAAACCCCCUUCGCAAAACCCAGCUGCAGGACCUGCAGCAGGUCAGCCCCGAGCCCUGGCAGGGGGAUUUCCAGCAAACGGCUCCGGGAAGGGGUUUGGGACCCCUCGAUGCCAGCGCCAGCCUGCGGUCCUCAUCGGACAGCCGGAGCCCCGGGGAGCUGGAGUCUGCCCAGCAUCCUUCCUUCACGUUCGAAACAGAGACCUCCUCUGACUGGGAGCCCCAGGAUUUCGAUUUCGUUGCAGCCCACGGGUCCCCACACUCCCCCAGGACCGUUUGCAAGGCUGUGGUGAAGGGGCUGCGGAGUAACGAGCCCGUGCAGUGGGAAGUCACCUUCGAUAUCCGUCCUCUCUUCCAAGAGCGGGAGAACCAGGCGGACGACGAUGCAGACCUCUGGAGUGAGACCUUCCACCACCUGGCAGCCAAGUCGGUCAUCCGGGACUUCGAGCAGCUCGCUGAGAAGGAGUGCGAAAUCGAGCACGGGUCCGGGCGGCGGUACCAGCUCAACGCCGUGCACACCAGCACCGCCCUCACCAAGCCCACGGCUUCCCUGCCGGUGGACCUGAGCACCAGCGCCUACCUGCCUGCUGUCGUCGAGUACACCCACACGGAUGUGGAGGAGAGCAGCCUGUCGCCCUGCGGCACCCCGUCCUCUGCCUGGGAGCACAGCGGUGUCCUCGAAGGGCCGCUACAGAGCCUGUCUGCUUCCUCUGCACAAGCCCAAAAAUCCAUCGAGAGCCUCUUCGCUGCAAGGCUGACCCUCCAUAAAACCAGGCUGUUGACUCGAGCUGCCAAAGGGUUCAUGAGUAAAUCUCCGAGCAGAGCAAGCGAAGCCAGCUCCGAGGGCGACAACGAGAACGCAGACUACCUUCCCCUGGCGUCUCUGCAGCUGGCUUGCGGUGCCUUCCUCAUGAACUCAGCCUUCUGCGACGCCAUCAACAUUCCCAUGGAGAAGCUCAAGUGGACAUCGCCCUUCGCCUGCCACCGCCUGGCCCUCAGCCCCUCCAGCUCCUACAGCACCAAGAAACCAACUCCCUCCGGGGAGAACAAGAGCUUCAGCUCCGGCCAGAAGCUCCUGGUUCCUGAUGGAGCCCAUGGGAAGAGUCCCACCACCAGAGAUGAUGCUCCAGGUCCAGUGCCGGGAGGAUCCAGUGGUCACACGGAGGAUGCUGGCCGCCUCCGCCACUUCUCGGGCAGCGCGGUGGAGAGCAGCUCCAAAGCCCUGAAAGCUGAGAAGGAACUCUCUCCCCCGGCCAUCACCAUCCGCCGCUUCUCCUCCCCGGAGAGCACGCCGGCCGAGUGGCAAGCCGACAGCGACCGGGGCUCGGAGACGGACAGUUCUGAG